AACUACCGCCUCCAGCAAGAACUAUGCAGCCCGAACGCGUUGACCGGCUUCACAUCCUGACAACUGAACCCUGAUUUGAAUCGAGUCCACAACAAGCAAUAAAACUGGAGGAGCUGCCUAGCUCCCCUGAGCACUCGCGAAAGGCGCUACUCUGGACGCCGCUUUCGGAGAGGGGCGACGGCCAUCGUCACGACGCCGACUCACGCGGGCGCCAGUACAAAAAGCAAGGUGGACUCCGAGGCUUCAUUGGAAAAAUGACAGCAGGGCCUCCCGAGUUCCUUAAGGCCUGCUUGGGGUUCUGCUGGGGGCCCUUGGACGCGGUGCCGCCAAGCGCGAAGAAGCCGGCAACUAAGCCAGCAGAGAAGGUGGAGGCGCAGAAGGUCGAGCGGAAAGCCACUUGGCGCAACAGCCCUCUGGUGCAGCAGUACAACCUCAUCAAGCAGAUUGGAAAGGGCGGCUUCAGUGAAAUUUGGCUGGGCGAGCACAAGGAGAGUGGGCAGCAGGUGGCGGUCAAAGUUGUGGACCUGAAGAAUGAGGACCUGGAGCAGAGUGAGAUUGCAAACCUGAUUGCGGAGGCCAAGUUCCUUCGGACCAUGGACUGCCCCUUCCUGCUCAAGUGCCUUGAAACCGCACAAGAUGACGAUUGGCUGGUUCUCAUCCUGGAGUAUCUGUCGGGCGGAGAGAUGCUCGAGCACCUGCACAAGGUGAAGAAGUACACGGAGGUGGAGGCGGCAAAGCUCUUCGCGCAGGUGGUGUCGGCCAUCUCCUACCUGCACAACCUCAACUUGAUGCACCGCGAUAUCAAGCCCGAGAACGUCAUGUUCACACAUCCGGUGGAGGCGUUUGAGGCCGAGGGCAAGCCGCUGCGAGUGAAAGUCAUCGACAUGGGCAUGUCAGCGCUCUUUGACCCAAACAAGGAGGUGCGGGGCUGCAUUGGCACGCCAGGGUUUGUGUCACCAGAGAUUUGGAACGAUGCGCCGCACAUGCCCUCCGGCGACGUGUACGCGCUGGGGGUGAUGCUCUUCAUCAUGCUGACCGGCCGCAAGCCGUGGGGUGGCAUGGACAUCCGAAUGAUGACCUACUGCAAUAAGUCCUUUAAGGAGGCCCCUGGGCUGCAGGACGAGCGGUACCUGAACCUUUCGGCUGACGCCAAGGAUCUGUUGCUGAAGAUGCUGGCGGAUGACCCCAAGGCCCGGCCCACAUGUUUGGAGGUGUUGAAGCACCCGUUCAUGACGGCGGAUGAGUCCACUGCGGCAGCACACCGCGAGAUGGGCGAUCUGGUCCGCAACCGCAUGCGAGACCUGGCGCAGCUGAGGCGUGUGCACGGGCUGCAGUACGCGCUGCGCCUCGCUAAAAAGGAGGGCGUGGACAAGCAGGCCUUCCUCAGCGCUCUGGAGCAGCGCCGACUCAAGCUCAGCGAGGCCAACACCCCGAACUACCGGGACGUGGAGAACGGCGGCCCCAACGCGGGCCGCUCGCACCCCAACUCGGCCGGGCCGGGCAGCACACCCUUAGGUCGUACGUCGAUGGGGCCGGGGGCGGGCGCCUCCCACCUGGCGCGCUACUCGCUCGCGCAGAGCUACGCCGCCGCAAACCCGGGGCCUGGCCCCCACCAUGCCAGGGGCGGCGCCAGCGGUGCCGGUUCCCGCGCGGAUGAUGUGAUGGCUAUCUCUGUGGACAAUCCCUUGAGUAGCGCGUCCAGCUCAGCACAGGAGCCGGCGCUGCCGACGUCGCGGCCGCCUGUGCCACCCAUCCCGCGCGGCACGGUGCAGCUGCCGGUCACCGGGACACACAUGGCGCAGCUUGCUGACAUUGGGCCGGCCGGCGUGCUCAGCCCGCGCGACAGCGCCUUCGGCCAUGCCUCGCUGCCACCGCUCCCGGGGACGCUGGCGUCUCGCUCAGGAGCGAGCGCUGGCGGGGGCCUGUCGACGGGGUUCGCGAACGGGCCGGACCUGGGCAAGACGAGCACGCCGGACCGAUCCAGCUAUGACAUCGGUCAAGCUGCUGUGCCUACAGACCUUAAGGCGCGACAAGGCCUUCCGCCGCGGCCCCCUGAGCACUCCCACUUCCCCGCGUUCAGCCACGCAUCCGCGCCACCGGGUGCUGCGGCGACCGUCUCGGCGGUGCCGGAGCACAUGCAUGAGGGCAGCAAGGGCAGCGGCUCGCACCACACACCCGGCCACCAUCGCCGCGGGCUAAGCAACGCAACCGCCGACUCGUCUCAGGGCCCCGCCGCCGGCCAGUCCCACCAUGCCACCGUGGACCCCUACGCCAUCGUGAACGCGGCACUGCCCUCGACGCUGCAGCACUGCAACUCCAUGCCUGUGGCUGAUGCGGUGCUGGGCGUGGGUAUGGGCUUGGGGCUCAACGACGACGGCGGCCGGGUGGGCGGCGGCUCGCCGGUGGCGACCAUGGAAGUGCUGGAGCAGGCGCACAUGAUCAGGUGCAUGAGCGUGAACCCUGUCAUGUUGGAGAUGAUGCAGCACGCGGAUACCAUGGACCGCGUGCUGGCCGAGGCUAUGGCGGCAAACAUGCCGCUCGCAUUGGGCACCGAGCUGGGGCCGAGGCAACACCAGUGAGGGGGGAAGUGUGUACUGGCAGCGCUUGUACUGACAGUUGAAGGGUAUGCAAAGGCGUGCCCAUCAUGUGAGAUGCUGUGCCGACUUUUUGGCUGAACGCCUGGGCGUGGACGCAUGGCAGGCAUGCCUGUCAUCAUUGUGAUCAAAGGGGGGAUAAGCUUGUGAUUAAAGAAUGUUUGUCUCGCUGUGCAUUCGUAAGGCGGUUUUAUGAAGUGCCGCGGGUAUGGUGCGUGCUAUUGGGUUCGAGACUCGAACGGGACCGGGAGCGCGGCCUUGGGCUUAAGCACUUUGUGACCUACGGUGUCGUCGGUAUGCUUCGUCGCGCCUUGAAUGUGUGACUGUGAUUCGUUGAACAUCCGUGAACUUGGGCGAUUUUGGUUGCUCGCGAGCUGUAUGGGAGAUCAACUGUGGGGAUUGCUACCCACUGCCGACACCCUCUUCCGACACCGUGCGCAUUCGAUUUUUGCAGCAUCUUCGGUAACAUAUUCUAUGUGGCUGGUCUGGGCUGUCUUGAAGCAAUUGAGUGCGAAAACAACACGUUGAUACUUGCUUGAAGGCACGUGUUUGCCGUUGGUUGGGGAAGAUUCAUACCUAUGCAUUGACGCGUCAGAGGCCACGAAGUGGCCCAACGCAUGGUAUCUAUAUGCUAUUGCACAUCUCUACCGUACGUUUCUCCUUACACUGGUAAAGGCAAUUAAGCGAAUGCGUACGUGUAUGCUUUUGACCGACUUUGAGUGUGGUGGGGCAGGCAUCGUGGCGCGCCAGCCACCGGGCCCUGGCAUUCGACAAGUACCCAUGUGCAGGCCGGCAGAAUGCAGGGCUCUUAGCAAGGCGAGCCAUGUUGUGACAGACAGACAGAGUUGAAGGACGGCGGCGUAGAGCACUGGGGCUGGGAAGCUUUGCCGACACGCGGCCGCUGCGGCUUGCCACGUGUGAUGCAAAUUCCAUACGACAUCCGCAGUCCCG